AUGGCUUCGCGGCGGCUCCGGGACCUCCAAUCCCAAGCGGCGAACAAGAUCUGCGUCGACUGUUCCCAGAAGAAUCCGCAAUGGGCGUCGGUGUCGUAUGGCGUUUUCAUGUGCCUAGAGUGCUCCGGCAAGCACCGUGGCCUUGGCGUCCACAUCUCAUUCGUCCGAUCCGUCACCAUGGAUUCCUGGUCCGAAAUACAGAUCAAGAAGAUGGAAGCAGGAGGCAACGACAAACUCAACGCCUUCCUCGCGCAAUACGGCAUCGCCAAGGAAACCGACAUCAUCGCCAAGUACAAUUCCAACGCCGCCUCGGUCUACCGCGACCGCAUCCAGGCAAUCGCCGACGGACGUCCCUGGCGGGAUCCCCCCGUCGUCAAGGAGAAAGUCCACUCCUCCGCCUCCAAGGGGAAGCCGCCGCUCUCCGCCAGCAACAACGGCGGCUGGGAUAAUUGGGACGCGGACGACGGGUUCGGAUCGCCUCGGGUCGGAUCCGAUCUGCGGCGGAACCAGUCCACCGGCGAUGUCAGGGGGUUCGGUAGUGGAGGGAGCGUGUCAAGGUCGAAGUCGACGGAGGAUAUGUACACGCGGGCGCAGCUGGAGGCCUCUGCUGCCAAUAAGGAAGAUUUCUUCGCGAGGAAGAGGGUGGAAAAUGAAUUGCGACCGGAGGGGCUUCCGCCGUCGCAGGGUGGUAAGUACGUCGGAUUCGGAUCUGGCCCCGCCCCGAACCACAGGGUUAAUCAGCAAAAUGAUGUUUUCUCUGUCGUUUCUCAGGGAUUUGGUAAAUUGUCGUUGGCUGCUGCUUCUGCGGCUCAGUCUGCUGCGAAUGUCGUUCAGGCAGGGACUAAAGAGAUCUCUGCGAAGGUAAAAGAGGGUGGUUAUGAUUACAAGGUCAAUGAAACUGUCAAUGUUGUCUCUCAGAAGACAUCAGAGAUUGGACAAAGGACAUGGGGUAUAAUGAGAGGGGUCAUGGCACUGGCUUCACAAAAGGUUGAAGAAUACACUAGGGAUAACCCAAAUUCGACGUCUGAGAACUGGAACCAGAAUGAAACUAAUAAAAACGGUUUCUAUCAGGACAACAAAGGCUGGAAUUCUUCUACCAGAGAAGGACAACAGUCUUCGGGUGGACAAACUAAUUCGUAUCACUCAAGCUCUUGGGAUGAUUGGGGCCACGAAGGUUCUAGGAAGGAAGAACCUGCUAAAGGAUCGGCUCAUCAUUCAUCAGGUGGGCAGUCUGAUACUUAUAACUCGAGCUCUUGGGAUGAUUGGGACCAUGAAGAUACAAGGAAGAAAGAACCAGCAAAAGGGUCUGCUACCCGAAGUAGUGAUGGUUGGGCUGGUUGGGAUAAUGCCAAAGAUGAUGGAGUUGAUGAUAUGUACGGGAAUGCAUCUAACAAUAAAGCUGCUGGCCAUAAUGAGAAGGCGGGUGUUGCCUGGACAGGAGGAGGUUUUCUCUAA